ACGACGUAAAAACCACGACGAUCCGACCUCAAUAUAAAGCCUUACUGCUCAGAGCCUGCUACAAUUUGAGUUCAGCUGUUACAGUGGACGGUUUAAAGUGAAUAUAGUUUAUUUUUAUUAACAAAAUGUAUACGAAGUUCUUCUUGUUAUGCUGUGUAUUGACCGUGACUUGGGGUCAAAGAUCUGAGGUCGGUAGAGGCUAUACGAGAGGGAGUGGCGGUUAUGGGUUGUUAAGACCCGGAUAUUCUGGAUACAGUGGUUAUGAAGGUUAUCAAGGACAGGGAUAUCAAGGAGGUAGUCUAGGUGGUUAUGGCGGUUACAACACUGGUUACAGUGGAUACAAUCAAGGACUCGGUGGUUAUAGCCAGGGACUCGGUGGUUACAACCAGGGACUCGGUGGUUACAGCCAGGGACUCGGAGGUUACAGCCAGGGUCUCGGCGGUUACAGCCAGGGUCUCGGCGGUUACAGCCAGGGUCUCGGCGGUUAUAGCUCUAGUUUCAGUGGUUACAAUGGUUACAACUCUGGUCUUAGCGGUGGCUACCGUCCCAACUACAGGCCCGGUUACCAAGGCAACGUAGGUUAUCAAUAUAACCGCCCCGGCUAUUCAGGUUACGGUAACUACGCAAGGGCUGGCGGUAACUAUUUUGGCGGUUAUGGAGAUGGUUAUGACACCGCGAGGUUGGGAAGAAAGGCAGAAGAAAAGAAAGAAAGCUAAGCUAGUUUAGUCGGUAGUUUAUGUGUAUAUUGUUUGUGAAUAUUUUCUAUUUAUGUGCGUAAAUUAUAAUAAAUACAUUAAUUGAGAAUAAAAAUUUUGUAAUUA